AUGCCCCAUUUAAGACACGGUUUGGCCACUAUAACCACUAUUGAUGCGGAGGACAUCAAAGCGGGUUUGGCGCUGGCUAUCACCGUUGAUUCAAAAGACGUCAAAAAGGUUGAUCCGGAAAUGAGAACGGAAACCAUGGUCGCGAAUGGUAUUAUGAAUGCGAAACGGGAAUAUUACGUAAAGAAUUAUUACAAACAGAUUAAUUUCGAGCUGUUGGAAGGUAUUCUCGAAUUUCCACUUUCAAUACUACACGAUUUACGAUCAAUCGAAUCCUCAUUGUCGUUUUCCAGAUUUUCCAUCCUGGCUCGACGGAUUGGGACUGAAGAUUUUAGCUCCACUUUUCAAAGGCUACUCAAGCAUUUCAAGAGAGUUCGAGAGCAAGCUGCUGCAAAAGGAAUCGAUGUUGUCUCUACAAACGACGUCGGCUAUGAUUUGACUACAGACUUGGAAUGUCGACUUCAUUCACUUGACGACGGUCUUGGAGAUUUUGCUCCAUUCUUUGAGGGAAAAAAAUGGCACAAGAUUAUCAAAAUGAAUAAUCAAGAUCUAAUGGAUUUAGGUAUCAGAAGUGAAAUUAUAAGAAAAAAGUUGAUUAAAGGUUUCAAGUUUUCGUCAGUAAGUGGUGCCAUAUAUGAUGUGGCGUUCGUUGUUAAACGCCUGAUUAGUGGUUCGAAUAGUGUAGUUAUUAAACAACGUUUCAUAAAAUGUUAUCUAACUCUCAUACAGCAGGUAAACGCGGAAUCUCUUUACGAGAAGAAUAGAGCUAUUUACGAGAGGAAUAAAGGUUAUUACGAAGAUAAUUAUAUAAUAAAGACCAAUUUCGAAUUGCUAGAAGAUUUUCCGACUUGGCUUAGUGGUUUGGGGUUGAAAUCUUUGAGUCCUUAUUUUGAGGGUAAAAACUGGAAGGUGAUUAUUAAACUAGAAGAACAAGAUUUAGAAGAGAUGGGAAUAAGUAACAUAAACCAUAAGAAAAGAUUGAUUCGACAUUUUCAAAGAGUUCAACAAGAUUUGACCGAUCACGAAAAUAUUUUGUCACUUGAUGAAAAUGUCGAAGAGAACUGUAGCAUGGCCGGAGAUGUUGAAAAUUUCAAAGUUGAUCCGAGUAUUAGGGAAGAUAUACCUUGUUGGUUGAACUCGCUUGGCGACGGACUUGGAGAUUAUUCACAUUAUUUUCAAGGUAAAAAAUGGUAUGAAAUCGUGGAUCUGACCGGUCAAGAUCUAAGCGAGUUGGGAGUUAAAAAGGGUAAUAUAAGACGACAGUUGUUAGAUGGAUUUUUGCUUUAUAAAGGCGCGAUGAACAACAAAGAGGCGGAAGAUAUCCUUCUAAGAAUCAAAGAUUAUUACUGGGAAAAUUACAUUACGAAGACAAAUUAUGAGCUGUUGGAAGAUUUUCCGGCUUGGCUUGACGGUUUAGGAUUGAAAGCAUUGGCGCCACGUUUUGAGGGACGGGCAUGGCAGGAUAUCAUUAAGAUGACGUCUUCCGACUUGGAGGAGAUAGGCAUUCCUACCAAAGGUCUUAGGAAAAGGUUGAUCAGACAUUUUGUGAAGAUUCAAAAUAAUUUGAAUACGGAUGAUUCGAUAACUGAAGAAGACAAAAUAGAAAGAAUAAGAGACUCCGGGAACUUUUAUGUUGAUCAUGAAGUAAUAGGAGAUCUGACAUGUUGGCUCCAUUCCAUUGAUGACGAGCUUGGAAAGAUCGCUCCCUUCUUCUUGGACAAAAAAUGGCAAGAAGUAAUAGAUAUGGGUCAUAAGGAAUUGUUAGAAUUAGGCAUUAGAAGUCGCAAAAUGAGACAAUCGCUUCUUGAAGGUUUCGAGUUGUACAAGAGAGGCAUUGUUGCCCAAAAACAGGGACAACCGGUUGAAAGUGACUUUAUUCGAGAUAAAAGAAGAGAAUUUUCUACAGUCCCUUAG